AUGACAGUGACUGGUGGUGUGACCAUUGUUUCAGCAGCUGCGUUCUCCGUUCACACUACUUCUCGGAAACGCGCCAUUGUUUUCUUCAGUCCGACAAAGAAAGAGCUGAGCAGCAGGAAGCAACUGCCUGAGCUGAAUUGCAUCGACCGCCUUGGUAUUGCGCUUGGGGUCAGCACACCAAGCCAAUUAAUCACCAUGGACGGCAAACAACGAUGGCCUUUUGCACUUCCGCAAGACGCAGGGCGCCCAAGACACCGCGUGUCGCCUUACUGCUACUGGGCGUCCAAUCGCCAGUCACGGACGGGCGUGAACGUCGUAUCAAGCAGUUUGGCAGUGAUUGAGCAGUUGGAGGCGCAAGCGAGUGUCAACAGCAACUAA